CGGUGGGCUUGUGCCGGUUACCAAUCGUUUUUGUCCUUUUGUUUUUUCUGUAAUAUAGUUCUUCGCUAGGCGAUCAAAACUUCCGCAUGAUUAUCUACUUCGCAAGGCGAGCUUUUGAAGUGUUCCUCUCUAAUCUAAAUCAGAGUAGCUGCUGCGUAUCAAUCUCAUUUUUCUCUGAUUUGAGUGAGGAUGAAUAAAGUCUAUGGUUAUUUAAUCGGAGUUUGUUCGCCUUCUCCUUCUUGGUUGUGACUCUUGCUCCAUUAAGCUUGGAGGCUUUGAUUCUCUAUCGUUACUUGUUAUUCAUCCUUGCUUCUUAAUCUAGAUUUCAGAUUAGUCGGAGUUUGUCUAUGAAGAUGUUCUGGCGAGACUUUAUUACUGACUCGUUGAAGUUUUUUACUGGAUUUACACUAGCGAGUUGAAAAAGAAGAAGCUUUCAGGCUGGCAGCGAUGAAGAACGGAAAGGCAAGUAAGCAGUUCAAAUCGGAGAUGGAAAUAGAAGACUUUUCCAGCUAGUUUCUGGUGAAGUCUCUGGUCGCACCACCACUGUCUCUAGAAUGUUCGAUGGUCACGGUAGGGACACGUGUACCUCAUGCAAGGAGUUAGUAAACGAUGUUAGCUUUGUAUGAUGACACGCGUUUUAAUCUUAUCUUUUAAACUAGGCCAUCCUUGGGCUUUUAAGUAUUUGGAUCACGGAAUUUGUAACUGCUUGUAAAAAUUGGACUUUGACCCCUUUUUUUUUCAACGGUUUUGACCCUUAAUACAAAGAUGUCGAUAAAAAAAUAAAAGAAAAUAAUAGACGAAAGAUGUUUUAAAAAGGUGAAAUAUGUUUUAGAAGUGGCACCACCAUUAGCAAUCUUGCCGGUAAAAACAAAUUCAGAAACAAAUCCGAUGAAAAUAAUCCCGCCAAACAAUUUUUGUACCUCACCAAAAUUUUGUUACGACUCCCAAAACAAAACUAAAAACCGCACACUGAGCGCGAGAAUUUCAACUCGAAAGUUUAUCAGAAAUGGCGCUUUUGCUCUCUCCUUUUACAUCCCCCUCUCUCACCCUCACAUCUUGCUCCCCACCAAAUCUCAAUCUCUCUCUCUCUCUCUCAAUUACUUUCUCUUCUCUCGGAAUCUCUCCAGUUCCUAAAUCAUGAUGGAGAAAGAGAUCUGUGUGAGGAUGACGAGAGCUGCGGCCAAAAGAAAGGCUAUGGCCACGGAGGAGGAACGGGUCACCAAGAAGAGAGUGGUCCUUGGUGAGCUUCCCAAUGUAGCCAAUCUCAAUCAGAAAAGAGUGAUUCCGCAGCCCACAAAGAGUCUUGUAGCUCCAGCAAAGCAGAGAAAGACUGCCCCGGUGGAGUCAGGAUCUGACAUUGAUGCUCGAUCUGAUGAUCCUAAGAUGUGUGGGCCCUAUGUCUCCGACAUCUACGAGUAUCUUCGUGAAAUUGAGGUGAAGCCAAAACAAAGACCAUUACCUGAUUAUAUUGAAAAGGUUCAGAAAGACGUAACACCAAGCAUGAGAGGUGUUUUGGUGGAUUGGUUAGUGGAAGUCGCUGAGGAGUACAAACUCCUGUCUGAAACUCUUCAUCUCACUGUCUCUUACAUUGAUAGAUUCUUGUCCUUGAAGACAGUCAACAAGCAGAGGCUUCAGCUUGUGGGAGUAUCUGCAAUGCUUAUUGCCUCGAAGUAUGAAGAGAUAAGUCCUCCUAAAGUGGAAGAUUUCUGUUACAUCACUGAUAAUACAUUUUCAAAACAAGAUGUGGUGAAGAUGGAGGCAGGUAUACUUCUUGCACUCCAGUUUGAACUUGGAAGACCUACAAUCAGUUCAUUUAUAAGACGAUUCACAAGGGUUGCACAAGAAGAUUUCAAAGUGCCACACUUGCAGCUGGAGCCACUCGCUUGCUAUUUAUCAGAACUGAGUCUAUUAGAUUACAAAGCUGUGAAGUUUGUGCCAUCUAUGUUGGCUGCUUCUGCUGUCUUUCUUGCUAGAUUCAUCAUCCGUCCAAAACAGCAUCCUUGGAAUCAAAUGUUAGAAGAAUACACAAAGUACAAAGCGGCUGAUCUACAAGUGUGUGUGGGAAUCAUACAUGACUUGUAUCUGAGCAGAAGAGGAGGUGCUUUACAAGCUGUAAGAGAUAAAUACAAGCACCACAAGUUCGAGUGUGUUGCGACCAUGCCUGUUUCACCAGAUCUGCCCGUUACCUAUUGGGAGGAUGUUACCAUUUGAUCUGAACCACUCUUUCUUUUGUCUGAACUUUGCUAUCUUUGCCAAAUGUUGCUGAGAUCGAUUUGACGAAAGGUAUCUCAAUACAAUACUGAGUAGUCGGUCAGAUAGUAUACAGAAUCUACAGCUGAAGCUGGUGUAGCAAAGAACUCUUCGAAGUGAAGUGAAGGCAGCAACAAAUAAUUUGUGUUUUGUAAUAUGAAGAUGUGUAAUUUUUCAUUCAAGUAUCACUUUAUAUACAUAAUUAGUAUAUGUAUCCUUGGAAUAAUGCAGUACAACUACCGAAUAUGAUUUACGUUAUGCUUU